AUGCUCCAAUUUCAAACACAUUUAGAAAACGGCACAGUCUAUCUCUGUCACACUAGAUGCGAUAUCCUCACUAUCCUUAUGGGAAAUAACGAUGUCAUCAAUCCACAUAACUAUACCGCUCCUGUUGUCAACUCCGGCCUCAUUGACUUCGUUUAUACAGCUCCGACAUUACCAAUGAGUUUCGACCAAUGGCCGACCCUCGCCGAGAUGAUUUUCAGCAACCAACGCGCAGUCGUCAUGCUUGACUACGAAGCCAAUCAGGAAGAGAUCCCUUGGCUCCUCGAUGAGUUCUCGCAGAUGUUCGAAACCCCCUUCUCACCGACUGACCGCGAUUUUCCCUGUACCGCACAACGUCCCUCCAACCAAGCCCUCCAGACCCGCGACGAGCGUAUGUUUAUGAUGAACCAGAAUCUCAACCUUGAGAUCUCACUGGGAGGGAUCAGUUUUGACAUUCCCGCAUCCAACCUUGUCAACGAGACAAAUGCGAUUGAAGGCUACGGUUCCGCAGGAGCGUAA